AUGAAUGUUGGAAUAGAGGGGAACAAAAUAAAUUUAUCGAAAGUAAAUAAUAGAAAUAUAUAUAAUUUUCAUUUUAUAAAAAAUUUAAAUAAUUAUCAAAGAAGGCUAAGUAAUAGAUUAAAUGUAUUAAUAAGUUCACCAGCACAAAUAAAAUUAUCAGAGUUAGAAGAUAAUCGAGACAGAAGUGGUAAAUACUGUGUAGCUGAAUUAUGUGGUCGAUUAAAAUGGAUUGAAGAAGGUAGAUAUUAUGAUGUAUAUAGGAUAAAGCAAGAGGAAAAUAAGAAUAUAAAUUUAAAUAGAAUAGCUUUUUAUAGUAAUGAAGAAGGGAAGUUUUCUUUUGGUACUCCCUUUUUAGAUAAUGUACGAGUAAACGCAACAGUUAUUAAACAUUUUCGAGGAAAUAAAAUAUAUAGAUUAAAAUUUAAACCAAAAAAAAAUUAUAGAAGAUUUUAUGGACAUAGACAAGAAAUGAGUAGAAUUUAUAUAAAUAAAAUAGAAUCAAAUAAUGAAUUAAUAAAUGAGGAAAAAAGAAAAUAUAAUUUUUUUAAAGAUGAUUCUAUUUUUUAUAUAUUAAAUCGUAUUCAUAAUAUAGUAAGACCAAGUUUAGAAUUAAAAUAUUUAAAACGGACUUUUAUUGAUUAUUUAAAUAAUUUUUGUUCAUGGAAAUUUGAAACUUUUUAUAAGCAUCGAGGAAAUUAUAAACAUGAUAAAAUGCUUAGAAAUAUAUUAAAAACAAAAAAAUUAAGUAAAAGACCUGAAGUUAUAGAAGAAGUUAAAAAAAUUGAACAUGAAAAAAAAGAAAAACGUUUAAACAAGUAUGAUCCAUUAGAUGAUUUCGAUCCUGUUGCCAAUGAACAUAUGAUUAGGGAGCAUUUUUAUUCUUAA